GUCGCUCUUGUUGCCGUUGGUGACUAGCUGCGCCCCUUGGGGCGUGCGUUUCCUAAACCGGCAGCUUCUCGCAGCCAACCAGCGUUACAGGUUCCAAUAGCAAACGGCGGAUUGUAGUGGCGGCUACAGUAACGACAUACGUAACCCGGAGGUGACUGAUAACGGGAGAGUGAGGUGUCCGCUGUGAUUUGGGGAGUCUGUCAUAGAUCUGUGCAGCAUGUCAUCGUGGAGAACAGUGCCUGGAAGAAAGGAAGCAAUUUAAAAGAACAGGCAUUGUCCUGGUUAACAAAAACAGUUGCCACUAUGGAAAAGAUGACGUUCAUUUCUCAAAACCACACUACUCAUAAUUCAAUUAAAAUGUCGGAGUCCUCCAACCAUGGAAAUCAGCAAUUGGCAGAGUUGGAGGAAACUGGGGAACUCCAUUUGCAGCUUAAUAAGAUAAAGCUUGAAAAUAUAGCACUGGUGUCAACACAUAAUGAAGAGUUGCGGGAAUGGGAAAACCAGGUUGUCAGGCUUCGUUGUGAGGUUGAGAAAGGAGAGGCAGUUCGUCAAAGUCUAGAAUAUGAUUUGGCAGUGGCAAGAAAACAAUGUGGUAUGGAAAGGAUGGCUCUGGAAGAGGAGAAGGAAAAGGCCAUCAAAAUACAAGAACAUUUUAAAGAAAAAAUUGAAGUACUACAAAGACAAAUGCAAACUUUACAGAGGCAUCUCCAGACCACAGAGUUCAAUUGGCAGGAUACACGGAAAGCUCUUGAAAUGGAUUUGCAAACUCAAAACCAAGCCAUUGAAAACUACAGGAAAGAGCUGGAGUCGCAAAUGCUGGACAAGAGUAAGAGGGAAUCUGUUAUUCAGAAACAAAAUGAGACCAUUCAAGAGCUACAACAAAACUUGCAUCAAUUGAACCUAAAAAACAGGGAACAUAAAAGUGAGCUUGAAUCGAGCCGUGAAAGAGAAGAGCGACUGAGAAAUGACCUUGAGGCAGCAAGUCAGAAAAAUAACAAAUUGAUGGAGAACAUAGAGGCAGAAAGAGCAGCACACUUUGAGUCCAAGUUUAAUUCUGAAGUUAUCCAGUUGCGGAUCCAGGAUCUUGAGGUGUCUUUACAAGCAGAAAAGGCCAGCCAAGCACAAACUGCUACAGAACUGGAACAAUUAAGACAACAUUUUGAGCAAGUGGAAAUGGCUUAUAAUAGAGAGAAAUCCAUUGCUGAAGAUCUGACAGACAAGCUUAAGCAAUUGGAAAAAGAAUAUUCUUUCAUGAUAAAUGAGUUUAAAGCCGAGGUUGAGAAGAAAAACAAGCUAAUUACAGAGCUUUCUGCAAAAAUCUGUAAUUAUGAAGAAAAUGUUGCUUUAAUGGAACAGAACCUUGCUAUGACUAAGAAACAGCAACUUUCUGUAGAAGAUGCUAAUGGAUAUAUUGUGAAAGAGCUACAGGGAUUGGUAGACCAUCGCAGUGUGUCAAGCCUCCCAAUAUCAGGGACCUACAAUGAUGACAUUAAACCUGCCAGGCCUGCUGUCCUUGAGGCUUUAAGACAUACCUUGACAGAUUACCAGAACAAGCUGCAAAGCACAUCUAAUGAGCUGGAAAACACAAAACGUGUCUGUGAAGAGUUAAAAGAGCAGCUAAAUGCAUCCAAUCAGAUAAUGCAAUCUUUGCAUAAUAACCUUCAGAAUGCUCGAUCUGAACAGACCAUUGCUGAAAAGGAACUGCAUUAUUUGAAUACUAAAUGUGCUGAAAAGGAGUCUGAAAUUGCUAGGCUGCAGAAGGAAUUUGGAAAAGCACAAGAUGCCUGGGAGAAAGAAGCCCGAAGGGUAUUAGAAGCCGAGAGUGAAAUCCAAAAGAUCAGCAAGACUUUCCAAAAGAAUAAAGAGGAGACGUUGACUUUCUUGCACAGUUUAUACCAACGCCUAGUGGCAGGAUGUGUUCUUAUAAAACAGCAAAAAUCCAUGCUGGGUAAUUUCACGUGGCCAGAGCUGUGUGUUGUGUUGCAAGAGAAUUUUGAUACCCUGAUCUCUGACCUCAAUAAAGCUAAUGAGAAGGUGUCGCAUCUAGAACAAGUAUGCAAAAACAAGGCUGUUUUGAUUGUGGAUCUACAGCGAAACCAUGAAACCUCUCUAGACAAGCUGGCUGAACAAAUGAAAGAACAGCAUUGUACCUGGCAGACAAAGACCAAAGAUUUGGAACAACAUUACUCUGCUCUCCUUGGAGAAGCUCGUGUGAAGGCUCGGAAAUAUCAGAAGAUUGCUGAAAAAUUAAAAGACAAAGCUUCAGUCUCUGAAAAAACAAAGAAUCAGAUGGCCAUGGAAAAUGUGCGCAUUAAAAAUGCAAUAAUCAACACGGAGAGAGACCACAAGUCUCUCCUUGCAGCCUGUGCCCUUAUGGCUGGUGCCCUGUGCCCAUUAUACACCAGAAGCUGUUUGUUGGCUGCACAGAAAACCCUCCUUCAAGAGGAAUUGAACUCUUGUGUAGACAUUCAGAAGGAGAUCCGAAAUCUAGUCCAAGCUUUGUCUGAAAAUGGAGAUAAGAAAAAGGCCGAUUCUUGGAAGAAAGCAAAACCCAUGAAGCUUUUGUUUCGGAAAGGUGUCAUCGUGGUUUUGGCUGCCAAACGGCUGCAGCGGCUUGGUGAAUCUAGAAAAUCUGUGUUUACGUGGGUGGAAAAAGCCAAGAAGAGACCUGGGAUUUCAGUGUGCUUUGGGGAAGUCCAGACUACACAGAAAACAAGACCACAUGAGGAGCCAAUGUACUGCAAUGAAGCUGUAAAGUGGCUUACAAAUACUGAUCUCCUGUCAGCAGUAGUUACUUCUAUGUCUGAAUUACUUGGGUUAUUAAACAACAGGGAUCUGAAUUGUACCUCUGAAGCACAGAUAGUUAAUGCAGCAAGAAAUUGUUUCUCAAAGCUGAUUAAGAAACUGAAUGUAGAAAUGGAAUAUAGGACUGUGGCCUUUGACAGGCAUUCCAUUUACAUAGACUCCAAUUCACUAGCUUACAGACUUGCUUGUGGUCUUCACAAGAUCAUUGGCCAGACGCCAAAUGUGGGCAUCACAAAUACCACUCCAGUUAAGGAAUGUAUAGCUGCCUUAAGAAACCAGAUACUUGGGUUUACUACUCGUCUGCAUACAGCAGAAGUAGAAAGACUAUCCAUGCGUCGGGAGUUGUCGGAUAUGAAGGAGAAAUUCAGGGAAUGUGGCAAAAAUGCUGACAAAGCACAGAAGCUUGAAGAGAAUGGCCAGCAAUCUGAAAGUGUGGACCCACAUGAGCAGAUGAAAACUGCCUUUAAAGAAUUAGGUAACGCUCUUUUGCGGGAGGAUCAAACUCGAAUGCUUCUGCAUGAACAGUCUCAGAAAUUACUAGAUCUUAAUUCUAAAAUACAACUGCUCUCAGAGGAAGGUGCAGAAAAAGAUCAAACCCUGUCAGAGGCAAUCAAGAGUCUCACUGAGGCCAAGAAGGAGCUAGGGAGAAAAGUUCAAUAUUUAUGUCAGCAAAGCUCAUGGUUUGCGAAGUUGGAGCAGAGCAAACGUCAACUGGAAGAGAGCGUUGUCAGUGCAGAAGGUGCCCUACGUGCAGCAGCGAGGGAUAAAGAAAUCUUGGUGAGCUACAUGAAGUCUGUUUCAGCUGCCUUUCAAAAGAUCAGAGAUGAGGCAUCGAUAUCCCGGGCGACAUCCACACAGCAUGAUGCACCAAUCCAGCUUCCAAAGUUAACCCUUAAUAUGUUUGAAAUGGAAGAAAGCACUGGAGGGACAGAGUUUAAAAUAUGCCAGGUUAUGAUAAGAAAUUUCCUAGAUGUCUACCAAUUUGCACGCACCAAAGCAACAGCACUUGAAAGAGAAAUAACCUUAAAUGAGAAGCACAUAUCCAGUCUCAAGUCAGAGCUACACUCUGCAUGCUUGCGAGAGAAAAAAGACCUAUUUCCGGAGAAGUUCAGUGCCAGCAUGACGAUGGGUUCAACAGAAUUUUCUCAAAACAGAACUGUGCCAGAUUUUCUACCACUAGAGCCUGAGCCAGACUUGUCAACCAGUCAUCAGACUUACAGCUAUAUGAAUGAGUCUUUCCAUGACAUCAAAAACUACUCAUCUCUUACGGAUUGGACUUCAGCAUAUAUGAAGGAGCUUCCAAACAAAUAGAUUCUUGCGUUUUUAAAACUACAGCACUGAUUUAAAAGAUCAACUUUCUCUGGUCUAAUCGUGUUUUGUUAAUACCAUAUUUGAGCAUUUUUUUAUCCAUUGACUUGUACAGUAUUUUAUGAUUGAAAUAACUAUUUUUAUUUUUUAAAUUAUGAACAACUUAUUUUUUAUGAAAAGUUUAACACAUUUAAUUAUUCAUAUUUAUUUUUUUGCUCUUUCUUAUUAUUUUCAAGUGCAAUUUAGAUUAUUUAACCCCUUAGUGACUAAGGGUAAAACAAAUGUUAAUGCCUAAGCACAAUUUUGCAACUUUGACAUGUGUUCGUAAAACUGUACAUAUCACUACUUUUGUGUAUCCUGGUGGAUUAUACUUUGUUUUCGUUUUUUAUCA